CCUAAGCUGCGUUCACGAGCACCGCUGUGUUCUUGUUUGUUUAAAAAUGUUGCACACAGCUACCACAGAAAUGUCUAUACUGCACUGUCGACGGUUUUUAAAGCCAGUCUCGCCUGCAGCUGCAUGCUUCUUCUCACCCGCUUUGUGUUUUGCAAAAUACACUAAAAUCUUGCAGAAGAAGCAGAAGUCCUCGGCGGUGGAGCCAGAGCCGUGCAGCCCACGUCCUGCUCCUCUCUCCCCGCAGCAGCUCGACAGGAUGGCCCGCAACAAGAGAGCCGCGCUGGAGAGGCUGUCCUCCGCUCAGACACCUCCAGGCUUUGGGGACAGCUGGAGGGAGGGACUGUCGGGAGAGUUUGGGAAGCCAUAUUUUAAACAAUUGAUGAGUUUUGUGUCUGAAGAGAGGAACCGCCACACGGUGUACCCACCUGCUGAACAAGUCUUCACCUGGACUCAGACCUGUGCCAUCCGAGAUGUCAAAGUGGUGAUUCUGGGCCAGGAUCCAUAUCAUGGUCCUAACCAGGCCCAUGGAUUGUGCUUCAGUGUCAAAAGACCAGUGCGUCCUCCACCCAGUUUGGAGAACAUGUACAAAGAACUGCUGUCGGACAUUGAAGGCUUUCAGCACCCUGGACACGGAGAUCUGACUGGAUGGUCCACACAAGGUGUAUUGUUGCUCAACGCUGUGUUGACCGUCCGAGCGCACCAGGCCAACUCCCACAAAGACAAAGGCUGGGAGACCUUCACUGACGCUGUGGUGCAGUGGCUCAGCAACAACCUGGAAGGCCUCGUCUUCAUGCUGUGGGGAUCGUAUGCUCAGAAGAAGGGAGCUGCUAUUAACAGGAACCGCCACCACGUCCUGCAGGCUGUGCAUCCUUCUCCCUUGUCUGCUCAUCGAGGAUUUUUUGGAUGCAAGCAUUUCUCAAAGGCCAACGAGCUGCUACAGAAAUCCGGAAAGACUCCCGUUGACUGGAAGGCACUUUAAGAUGUUAUUCCUGAAUGUUGGUUAACUACAUACCAAAACCCACCUAUAAGCUUUCACAGUUUCCUGUUUUCGCAAACAGUUUGUGCAGAGAUUUCUUUAUGAAAGAGUUCAUGUUGAUACACUGAAUUUUCGGAAAUGCCUUUUUCUCAAAUUUUUGUUUCAACAUUGUAAAUAUGUUUGUGUUUCUUACUUUUCUAUUGAAAAGUUGGUUCUAUUAAAGUGGUUUCAAAAUGCG